AAGAAUUCACACAAAAACACCACUACAACCAACAACCAACACCCAAAUCACAAAACAUGCAAUUCAAGCAACUCAUCCUCCUCACGGCCCCAUUCGCCCUCGUCGAGGCCCAAAUCGCCGGAGCAAUCACUUCCGCAGUCGGAGGAGAUCUCACUUCCGCAGUCGGCGGCGUAGCCUCCUCUGCCAUUUCCGGCGUCACCGGUGCCGCCAGCAGCGUCACCUCUGGAGCCGAAGGAGCCGAGUCCAGCGCUACAUCAGGUGCCGAAUCUGCCAUGUCGACUGCUAGCGAGUCGGCUAGCGAUGCUGCUUCCUCCCUCUCAUCCAGCGCCAGCAGCGCAGAAAGUAGCGCCAGCAGCGCAGAAAGCAGCGCAACCUCCAGCGCCAGAAGUGCCGAGAGCUCAGCUACUUCAGGAGGAGUUGGAGGUAUCGUGGGCAGCGCCACCUCGCGUCUAGGCGGUGCAGCGAGCAGUGCGACUUCAGACGGAGCAGCAUAUGAGACGCAGGCUCCAAAGAUUGCUGCCGGUUUGUUGGCUAUGGGUAUGGGUGCUGUUGCUUUGUUGUAAAAAAGUAUUUUGAAGGGGUGGGGAGGAGAUAUAUAUGUGGAUUUGGAAUUUGUAUGUGGGGGAAAAAGCGGAUGGACAGAACGCUUUGUGAAUAUGAAGAAGAUGGAAUUGGAGGAUGGAGAGAGAGGUAAUCGGAUAGCCAACAGAGAGAGAGAGAGAGAGAGAGAGAGGCUUUAUGUACACAUAACGAGUUAAUGCACAUACGAUGCGAAAAUGACGAGGAACAGUAGUCAAGAC